UCAAUUUGGGGUGGAAAAACCGAAGGGUCAUCAUCACAUUAAACACCCACCCAUCAUCAUCAUCAUCAUCAUCAUCAUCAUCAUGAGUUGAAAUGAAAAAUCCAAUGCUGGUUUGGUAAAGGUGGUUAACCUGAUUCCUUGUCUGUUUCUGAUUUGGUUUGUUAGGCUAGAGAGUAGAGAGAGAUGGGUUUGCUGAGUAACAAAGUUGAGAGGGAUGAGAUCAAGCCAGGAGAUCACAUCUACACUUAUAGAGCUGUCUUCGCCUACUCUCACCAUGGUAUUUAUCUCGGAGGAAGCAAGGUGGUGCAUUUUACACCCGAGAAAAAGCCUAGUUCAAGUACUGGCACUGGCAAAUCUUAUGAUUCAAUGUCCUGUCCCACCUUUCCUGACUGUGGAUUCAGGCAACCCAAUAGUGGUGUUGUCCUCUCAUGCCUCGACUGCUUCCUGAGAAAUGGAUCCAUUUACUGCUUUGAGUACGGGGUUACGCCUUCAGUUUUCCUAUCCAAAGUACGGGGUGGCACAUGCACCACUGCAGCAUCUGACUCCCCUGAAUCUAUCAUCCACCGCGCUAUGUAUCUUCUUCAGAAUGGAUUUGGCAAUUACGAUGUGUUUCAAAACAACUGCGAGGACUUUGCAAUGUAUUGUAAAACUGGUCUUCUGAUAAUGGAUAAGCAGGGAGUUGGAAGAAGUGGCCAAGCUGCUUCUGUUAUUGGUGCCCCACUGGCGGCCAUGCUUUCUUCUCCUCUAACAUUGCUGAUGCCAGGCCCAGUUGGUGUUGCUACUGCAACAGCCGGGAUGUAUUGUAUGAGCAGGUAUUCAACUGACAUUGGUGUCCGCACCGACGUGAUCAAGGUGGCCGUGGAAGAUUUGGCUGUGAACUUGGGGUGGACAAGUGACCAUGAGGAAGAGGCCAAAGAUAGUGAAGUUCCUUUAAUACAGCUCUGAAGAUCUGUGCAAUUGCAUUUAUUUGUAGUUAGUGUUGUUUAAGCAUAGAAUGUUGGAACGAAGUAAUCUUGUUGUGCUCACAUGAUAUGAAAUUCACUUUGUCUGAAAAACUAAUGUCUGGACUUCUUUGAUAAUUUGGUAGUGUGUUUUACCAAUUAUUUGGUGAAGCCUGGCUUUAUUGAUUCACGAUCAUGUUCCAAUAAUGCAUCCUGUAACUGCCUGACCACCUGGAUUUCACGAUGGGGUUCCUGUAGAAGUCCUUAUCAUCGAUUCUUGAAAG